AUGUCUCACCGUCUCUCCAUUCUCAGCUCCAUCUCACAUGUAGAUCGUAGAACACUUCCCCCAAUGCGUAGCAGUCAGCCAGACACUCGUCGACUGCGGACUUGGGUUUACAAAAAUGACGAUGGUUCAUGUUCCACGCAUCAGUUGCAUCGAAUCAUACUUAGGGUAGGACAAAAUAUCGCAAUCUUCCCAGAUGAUGUACGGGCGGUACCAAUGGAAGAUGGAAGUCUGCCCAUUAUGUCGUAUUGGUAUGGCAAGAUCGCUAAAAUCUAUUUGAAAAAACGAGGGGACACUCAUGACGUCUGGCUGGACAUACAGUGGUAUUACAGAAGGUUAGACUUGGAGGAUAACGGAGUCGACCUGGCUCAAUACAUGGGUGAAUAUGAGCUGGUGCUCAGCGACCACACAUCUUUAGUGGAUAUGACAUGUGUUGAAGACCAUGCUUUAAUCGUCAGUCAACUACCACCUGAGACCCUAUACCAUCGUUGGAAUGUGGAAAUCACAUUUGUGAAGAAGAGGACCAAAGUUCGCCUUCAUGGUAUGAACCUUAGUAAUCCACAGCGUGCAUCACAGUGUCGCUGUGCCGCAUGUGAUUAUACUCUAUACUGUCCUAGCAUCUCCCAGCGAUACUGCAGGAAAUGCAAACAGUGGUUCAGCAAAACAUGUUUGGAUGCUCUCGACUGUCAGGUUGAUCGACGUCCUGAGCCAUUGUUGCCAUCUACAUACGAUCACAUUGUGUUGCCGGAAGGGUUCCUCGCCAUUUUGACCAUGCCAAUUUGCCGUGGUGGUCCGUUUGGGGUGGUUGGCAAUGGAUCAAUGUAUUGUCGGGCAAAAUUGCUCCUGAGAGAGGCGAGGACGCAUGGUAACAUCCCAGAGGAAUGGAAAAAUAUCCUGGUAGAGACCGAGUCAUGGGAUCUUGAAGCCGACAUUGAACCGACCUACGACAUGCACCCCAAGAAAAUUGUAUAA